AUGACAAGGAGCCCAUAUAAAUACUAUAGGUCAUUUUAAAACUGUUAGUUUCGUGUCUUAUUUCAAAACUCUUGGCUCUAUAGGCUGGUUAGCAGUUGUGAUACACACUCUAAACUUAUGGCAGAAAAUACGAGAGAAGAAUUUCGCUUCACGGACGAGCUCUCGCUCGAGAAAAUCCGUCAAUUGCAAGCCAACUUUGCAAAGGAAAGAGACUGGGAUAAAUUCCACAAGCCUAGAAAUUUACUAUUAGCCAUGGUUGGUGAAGUUGGUGAGCUUGCAGAACUGUUUCAAUGGAAAAAUGAAGUUGAUGAAGGAUUACCUGACUGGUCAGGACAGGAAAAGAAACAUCUAGGACAAGAACUAAGUGAUGUGCUGAUAUAUCUAGUUAGGCUUGCUGAGAAAUGCCAUGUUGAUCUUCCAAAAGAAGUACUAGCCAAAAUAUCUUUGAAUGAGCAGAAAUAUCCAGCGGAUAUGGUAAGAGGAUCAUCAAAGAAGUAUACAGAGUACAAGCAAAAGGGGAAGAGCUAGUUUUAAGAACUUAAAAUAUAAUUUUUCAUGUUGUCGUUUUUUUCCGAACCUUGGAUUUAAGUCUCUCCAUUUGAAUACAGGUUCACUCUGCAUUUUCAUAAUUUUUAAUUUGGAUCAACUACACUCCCCAAACAAACUGACAGAACAAAGGAUGAGAACCGAAAUCCAAGCAAUGUUCGAAAAAUGAAGGUGGACCAACAUUGUCCCAUGUCUUGUUCUAAUGAUUUCUAACCCUCUAUACUACAUACCACUAACCAGAAUUAUUCUUUAUUUAUUGUUCCUAUUUAUCACACUGUUUUCUUUGACAAUUUUAUGAUCGAUGGAAUCUGUUAGCGAUGGAGUCAUGUUUCUAUGGCAAAAACAAGUUAAAAGGGAUUUGUUUCCAAAGGAACUAUGCUGUCACUGUUAUUUGCCUCUCCCUGAGUACCGUUUCAAACUCACUUCCACCCCCCAUGCGUACAAGACAAGGCAAAAACCCAACUGGAUGAGUCUAAGAUAAGCAGUCUAAGGGAACAACAUUAAAUUUACAUGUUUAUGCUUUGGAAAUUUUUAAAACUCUGUUGGAAUUUUAGUAUGAAAUUUUAAACAGUCUUAUUUUGAAAGUUCUCUUAAGUAAUGUUAAAACUUAUAAUUUAAAAAAAUGUAGGCUUUGUUGCACAGCUUUCAUUUUAUUAUAUUUUAAUUGAUAUUUAAUUUUGUAAUGUUAUGUUACAAUGUAAAUCAUCAACAACACACUCCCAGA